CUCAAAAACAUACAAACUUGUUUUAUCGAUACUUUUGUGAAUUCCUAUUACAAAUUAAACAUUUUGUAUCUAGUCAAUAUGACGGUAAAUAAUACAAUAGCGCAUCAACGUUUAAUACUAAGUGGAGACCGAGAGAGAUUUAAGGAGCUCUUACGCCGACGACUAACUGAGUGUGGAUGGAAGGACCAAGUGAGGCUCCUAUGCAGGGAUGUUGUAAAAGAAAGUGACAGCAGUAACAUAACUUUUGAUAUGCUUGUAACGAGAGUCACACCUAGAGCUCGAGCUAUUGUACCAGACACUGUGAAAAAAGAGUUGCUACAAAAAAUUAAAACACAUUUGCUUACUCAAAAGGAUCAAUAAACAAAAUGUUACUUACUUUGAACUUGGAUAAAGAUUCUGUUUAUAAAUUAUAUUGAAUAUUAAACAACUUAAAAAUGUUGUUUUGCUAGUCAUAGACCAGCAAAACAACAUUACUAUUAACAAAUACUAUGAAUACCAAGCAGUGUCUUUAUCAUUUAAUUUUCAAAUUUUAUUUUGAGUUUGUAUAUUUUAUACUUUCUACAACAUACAUUUUACAAUAUUAUAGGAUGAAACAAUCAAAUAACAUACUGGCAUAGUAAUUUUUUGGUAUUGAAAAUUGUUUGGGGGAUAUUUAAUAAAAUAAAAGA